AUGUUUGGAGGAUCGGCGCCAUUUGCGUAUAAAACUCCCUUUAACGGCGACCCGCGUGACUGGCUACUCUUUUCCUCGCGCUUCCAGGCUCUCGUCCAUGACGUCAUCCCGAACGACGCCCAGCGCUUAGCCAUUCUAACCGAGUCGGUAGGCCCUAAUGUUCUGCGCCGCAUCUCCCCGCUUUUGAGAGCGCCUCGAGGCUACCCGGCUGUUCUUUCCUACCUGAAGAAACACUACGGUUCCAGUGAGCAGAUUGCGCGCUGCCAAAUUCGCGAUCUGUUGAGCCUCCUUAUCGUCAAACCAGGUGAUCGUCAGGCGCUGGAGCUGUUUUCCGAUCAGCUACACGGAGCAGUCGUCGUAUUGGAGCAAGGAGGACUGGAGCACGACUUGAAGAGUGCUGCCAACUUAGACCAGGUGGUUCAAAAGCUGCCGCCUCUUUUUCGCCAUCGCUGGGCCCGCUAUGUGCGAAAACGUUUGCCAAGAGUUGUAGAUCUUGGCGAUCUCGAUCGGUUUCUGGAGGAGGUUGUUGAAGAGGAGAGGAUUGCCUUUGCGUCUGUCGAGCUAACGCCCAGGAUCGAGCUCCGCGGAAAGCAUGUCACUUUCGACAAUCCAAACCUCACAAGACAACCUUCAUUCAAAUCCUCAGCCGCCAAGUCACCGCCCGUCCGUCCACCUCCGACCGUUUUGUCUACUCAGGCCAUGAGAGAGGCGGACAUCGAGUGCCCGAGCUGCGUUCGUCUUCGUACUGGUGAUAGAACCCUCGACGUCUUCGGUCUACUGGACACCGGUAGCCAAGCUACUUUGUUGCGUGAGGACGCGGCUCAAGCACUCGGCCUAACGGGCCGGCCGCGCAAAAUUCGUUUUGGGACUUUCUACGGGAAAGAUCCAUUAGUCGACACUCAUUUAGUGGAUUUUACAGUCUCAUCGCUGGAUGGAGAAGAUCCUAACGUUGGGCGCCGCCGGAUGAAAAACUCUCCCACCUCGCUCGAGUAUCUUCGCGGCCUUCAUUUUCCCGUUCGGGAUGCCACAGAAGUCCAAGUUCUGAUUGGCAUGGACGUCCAGGAUGCUCACCUGAAUUUCGAAGUCCGCCGCCCGCCAGCAGGAGUUCAAGGACCUAAUGCGGUUCGCACACCGUUCGGUUGGUGCAUCGUGGGGAGAACCUUUUCGGCGCCCGCUGUGGAAGCAGCGAGCGUGAAUUUCGUCAAGUUGGAGUCGAUCGAGUGGCUGGAAGAGUCCGUGGAGAGGUUCUGGAGAACCCGUUCGUUGCCCGUCCGUGAGGCCCUCAAAACCUUCAUGUCUGAGCUCGACCUACGCUACGAGGUUGGUUUGCCCGUUUACCCCAACUGCCCUAAGCUGCCGGACAACAAGGAUUUUGCCCGCCGGAAGUUUUUCGCCCUGGAGAGGAGACUGCAGUCGAAUGACGAUCUUCGCAAAGCAGUUUCCGAACAAAUGCAAGAAGUCUUCCGCAACGGCCACGCUACAGAAGUUAUUUCCACCGAUCCUGAUUCCAAGAUCUGGUACCUCCCGUUACACCCGGUUCAGCACCCCAGCAAGCCCAACAAGGUUCGACUCGUUGAUGACACCGCUGCCCGCUUUAAGGGAAUGGCCAUUAACGAUAUCCUGCUGAAAGUUCUGGUGCGAGAAUGCGACAGGCCGAUGUUUCGCUUCUUAUGGAGGGAACCUGGAACCGAAAACCCCAUCCAGGAGUUCCAAAGGACGGUGCACAUUUUCGUCGCCUUGUCUUCGCCAACGACUUGUAGCUUCGCCCUGCAACGUCUCGAGAAGGAUGCCCCGCUCCACCUGCAGGAAGUCGCGAGCCGGAUACGCUCCGACUUCUACGUGGAUAAUUUAUUAUCAUCGUUCGACGAAGUGGACUACGGAGCGUCUGUUUGCCAAAAACUCGUGGAGUUGCUUAGCCUAGGUGGCUUCAAACUUGUCCAAUUCCUCAGGUCAUCACGUCGGUUGCUGGACCGCUUGCCCGCCCCUUCUCGUCUUAUGCCGGAGCUCAAUUUGGAUUUCGACGACUUGCCAACCGAACGGACGCUGGGUUAUCUGUGGAACAGCGAGCGGGAAAAGGCCCAGUCGAAACGCUCCAUUCUGGCUGCCAUCGCGAGCAUCUACGAUACGCUUGGUCUGCUCGCGACGGUAGUCUUGGUGGCGAAGGCUAUUCUUCAGGACGUCUGGCGGCUGAAAACCGGUUGGGUUGAAGUGUUGCCCGCUGACAUCUUGAAUCGAUGGGGACGUUUCGUGGAACAUCUACCGACGGUCGAGUCCGUGAACAUCCCGCGAAGCCUCAUAACCCGACUACAGUCCGCUUACUCGUCGUUUCAGCUGCACGCCUUUUCGGACGAAUCGAAGGACGGAUUCGGAGUGGUCGUCUAUCUUCGAUCCGAGUCGCCUGACCAGAUCGAAGUCGCCGGUCCGUCUGGUGAAUUAUUUGUUGAAGGAAAUGACGCUGCCCAUCUCUUCCGUGUUUUUCUGGGUGGAUGCGAUGACCGUUCUUCGUUGGAUCCACGCCAAUCAUCGCCGCUACAACGUCUUCGUUGCAAAAUUUCGGAAAUCCUCGAUUCGACUACCCCGCAGCAGUGGCGCCAUGUUCCAGGCAUCUUAAACCCGGCGGAUGAAUGUAGCCGUGGCCUUUGUCCGUCCGACCUCGACCCCAAUCAUCGUUGGUACCGCGGACCAGAGUUUCUCGCUAUGCCACCCGAACAUUGGCCCGCCCAGAUGCCGGAUAAUGCAUUCUACGACGACGAUGAAGAAUCCAUCGCAUGCUUAGUUGUCAUCGAUUCUAGCGGAACGCUAGAUUAUUUUUCCGCCCGUAUCGAAAACCUUCACCAUCUUGUGCGCAUUGUCGCCUGGAUUUGGAGAUUUAUCACCAACACGCGUGUCCUCGUAAAUCGAAGACGGAUCGAGCGAGAGGUAAAUCCAGACGGCAGCCGUGCAGACCCGCCAUCCGAACCGAUCGAGGAUCUGAAAACAGGCCGGCAGCAGAGUGCGGACGAGCUAAAGUCUGCCCGCCUUCUUCUGAUCCGCGUUUCGCAACGCGCUUCUUUUUCCGACUACUUACACCGGCUGCAGAAGAGGGAAACAAUCCGUCCUGAAUCCCGGCUACUGAAGCUGUCCGUCUACCUCGACAGUGCCGGAAUCAUUCGUGUCGGUGGCCGCCUUGAGAACGCCCCGAUCAACACCGAAGCCCGACAUCCGGCGGUUCUUCGACCCGAAGCAUCCGGUAACUAA